CCGGGCACGCGCGUUGCGCAGGCGCGGGGCCGCCCCGGGCCCGGCAGCGGGAGGUUGGAGCGUGUGAGGGGAGCGAGGCGGCGCAGGGCGGUUCUGCAGGGUUCUUUCCUCCUUCACCCCGGCCCUGGGGCUCUGUGCUCCCCGAGGGAUCUCCCUUCGCUUCUCAGCGCUUUGGGCUCGGUGCUGUGGCUGCGUUUUUGGGGUGCAGCGCCUCAGAACGAGCUCCAUGGGUCUGUGGCCCUGCUUAUGGGCUGCCCAGCCUUCUCUGCCGGUGGAAAACUAGCAAGGCAAAAGCUGUAUUCAGUGUUACUAGAGCCUUUUGUUGCUGAGACAGUACAAGGAGUGAGUGUCGUUAUCUAAAGUAGCUAUAAGCUCUGGUAAACUGAGGGCGUAGUUACAGACGUACCCAAAGUGAAAAAGUCAAAGACUGGUAUUCAUCUUGAGAUGGAAGAGUCAGUGCUGGAUAAAUUGCCAUCUUUGUGCAAUACUCCAAAGGAUGCUGGGGCAGCACCUGCACAGGGGACUAGUUCAGGAAAACAGCAAAUGAGUGCAGCUCUGAGGGAACGAUUAAGGAAAACAAGACGUUCAUUUAAUGCCAGUUUUACAGUGGCAAAGCGGCUCAAAAUAGACACUGAAGAGAAAGACACUGCUGGUGCUGACACAGGGUGCUUGCCAGAGACAAGUACAGACUGCUCCAGAUUACAAGCUGGGUCUGAAAACCUGGAAGGAAAUGGCACUGGACAUACAUGUUUCAAAAGUCCUUCACAGGAGAGUGAUCCCUGUGGACCAGCAGAGAAUUUGAAUGUGCUACAGGAUGAUCUUAGUCAGCAGCAGUCCCUUGAAGAAAAAGCAAAGCUGGUGAAACAAGUGCAAGAGAAGGAAGAACUACUUCGUAGGCUCAAACUGGUGAAGAUGUAUCGAUCCAAGAACAACCUGUCUGAGCUGCAGGCUUUGAUAAUGAAGUGGAGAAGUAGCACCCAGCUGAUGCUGUAUGAGCUGCAGUCAGCCUUUUCUGCAGAUGGCAGGAAAGUGAGUCUCACUCAGCUCAUCGAUACUUUUGGGUUAGAAGACCAGUUACUGCACUACAGCAGAACAGAAGAGGAUUUUGUAGAUGCCUAAUCUACAACUGCAGAGCUUUCUUUGCACAGACACAAAAGCAGAAAAGAUUGAAUACUUCCUGAUUAUGUCAGAAGUGUUGGUCACACAAUGGACUUUAUGCUUUGGGGUUAGGAGUUUUUCUCCAGAGAUACUUGUAAAGCUGUAUACAUACAUACAGUCGGCACUGUAAAAGGCAUUACUUAAUGGAAAGAAAUCAAACUGGUGAUGGUUUGGAGAAUCUGGCUUAAUGACUUGGUCAGUGCAUUUUUAUUUAAUAAAAAUAAAAUUAAGUCAUAGUUGAAUGGGUAGAAAGCAGUCAAUUUCUUUAUUAGUCUCUGCAUGGUUACUUGUAUUGAAAUAACUGAAAUUGUCAAUUCUGUUCAUGUUCAGAUGGGGAAGAGUUCAGUUUGUUUGUAGAUACACCCAUUUUACAAAUGUGUUCCUGGUGCCAGUCAGCCAAUGAAGGCUUAUGACAGCAUUUUGUGAGUUAAGUGAAGAUAACUAAUUUUGUUGAUGUUAAUAUUCCAGAGCUAAGAUGUUCUCACUAGCUGUAACUUCCACUGAGGGAAAUGUUGCUUUCAGGUACUAGUCCAGACACUCUCUUCUAGGCUGCUGUCUCUCAAGCAUUCUGCCACAGCCUGAGGUAAUAGAAGGGAAGGCAAGAAAAUUGAAACCAACUUUCUAUUCUCCUACUACAUCUGAGAGCCAAGGUGUUUUCUCUCUUCAAAUAAAUAAGAAAAACAAGGCCUUGUUUAAUGGGAUUGCUUCAAACACAGCCUCAUAAAACUGAAUAAACCUUGACCAUUUCAUUUAUUCUUCAAUAAAUGCCUUUUUUAAA